AUGAAGAUUUUAUUACUUUGCAUAUUUUUCCUAUACUAUGUGAAUGCUUUUAAAAAUACAUUAAAAGGUGAUGUAUCAUUUAAAAUGUAUAAGAGAAGAAAAAGUGAUAUAAACUUUAGAAAUAUUAAGAAUAAUAGUAGUACCUUCAGAAGAAAUACAAAUAGUUCAUUAAAGAGCACUUUUGAUGAUAUUAAAAAGAUUACAUCUAAACAACUUUCAGUAGAAGAAGACAAAAUAAAAUUAGAAUCAAGUUUUACUAAAGAUUUAGGUGCUGAUAGUUUAGAUUUAGUAGAAUUAAUUAUGGCAUUAGAAGAAAAAUUUAAUAUCACAAUUUCUGACGCUGAUGCAUUAAAAAUUAAUACUGUUCAAGAUGCUAUUGAUUUUAUUGAAAAAAAUAAAAAAUAA